AUGGGCAGUGCAACGGACGUAUACGCACAACUGAAGGAGCAAUUGAAGAGCAGCAAAGCUGAGAUCCUCUUCCCGAGCGAUGGAGAGAAAUACGAAGAGAGCAUCAAGAGGUGGAGUGAGCAUUGUGAGAAGCGUGCUGCCUGUGUUGUCAAAAUCAGCUCCGCAGACGACGCCUCUGCCACGGUGAAGUUUGUCAAGGAAAACAAGAUUCCCUUCGUUGUCCGUGGCGGUGGCCACUCUACCUCUGGCAGCGCCAGCAUCGAAGACGGCCUCGUCAUCGACCUCUCUCUGAUGCGUGGCGUCACUGUCAACCCUGAGAAGAAGACAGUCAGAGCCGAGGGCGGCGCGUUGUGGGUCGAUGUCGACGAGGCGGCGGCGCAAUAUGGACUGGCUACUGUGGGUGGGACGGUCAACCAUACAGGUGUUGGUGGACUGACGUUGGGCGGUGGGUAUGGUUACUUGAGCGGGAAGUAUGGGUUGACGAUUGAUAACCUGCUGCAAGUUGAAAUUGUGCUUGCGUCUGGGGAGCAGGUUAUUGCUUCUGAGACGGAGAACCCAGAUCUUUUCUGGGCAAUUAGGGGCGCGGGUCAGAACUUCGGCGUCGUGACAGCUUUCACGUUUCGCGGCUAUGAGCAAACUAAUCAGGUCUUCGCUGGUCCGCUCAUCUUCCUUCCUGACAAGCUCCCGCAAGUUGUGGAGUUUAUGAACAAAUUCCAGACUAAGAACGAUGGAAACCAAGCCUUCCUCCUCGGCUUCACCUGUCCACCACCCGCCCACGCUCCCGUCGUCCUGACACAAGUCUUCCACAACGGUACUCAAGAGGAAGGCAACGCCUUCUUCAAGGAUCUCAUCGACCUCGGUCCUGUGGCAAACAUGACUUCCAUGAUGCCCUACGAAAAGCUAAAUGCCGCCAUGAACGAAGGCCAAGGAUUUGGAGGCCGCAAGAUGUUCGGCGGCGGCGCGUACAAGCUUCCCCUUGCACCACCCUUCGUGCAAGCGCUCUUCGAUGAGUUCAUCGGCUUCAGCACCACACAGCCCGCUAUGACGGACUCGAUCCUCCUCUUUGAGACGAUCCCGUAUGCAAAGGUUGUCGAGGUACCUAAUGAGAAGAUGGCUUUUAGCAACCGUGGCGAGUACUACAAUCUCGCGACUAUGAUAAAGUGGGCUAAUCCCGCGCUCGACGACACCGUCCGCGAAUUCUCGCGCGCGCUGUUGAAGAAAGCCUCGCAGUCUGCUGGCGUGGUACAGGACGAGAAAGUGCGCUCCACGGAGGGCGUCGGUGUGUAUGGCAACUAUGUCAAUCCGGAUGUUCCUGCGAGCGAGGUGUAUGGCGGGAAUGCGAAGAAGCUGGCAGAGUUGAAGGGGAAGUAUGAUCCGGAGAAUUUGUUUGAUAGGGGAACGAGGUUGGUUCCGAGGCCGGUGGUUGUUGUGAAUUGA